AUGCGGGCUGUCGGUUAUGUCCAUGCCGAAGGCGGGGAUGAUCCGAAUGGCCAACGACGAGAUCCAACAAGUCACAUGCUGUGUGAUGCUGCGAGUUGUGGUUGGCGGGAUUCUGGCCACAAUCCAGGCAUAUAUGUGAUGGGAUACCAUCGCGAUUGGGACGUGCUGUUGGGCCGGCCCUGGAUGAGGGGAAUGAAGGCCAUCGAGAAUUACGACAAGGAAACUUUGACCAUCACGGGAGUAAAGGGUCACUCCCAAACCAUCUGCAUUCUCCCACACCCCAAUUUGUUUGAGCCCGAGGACGCGGGGCUUGGCUGCUAUGGACGCCUACCAAAUCACAAGCGCAAGCAGGAGAGACUGCGCCAUAAACCCACACGGCCCUUCUACGACACAAUGGAUGAUGCCGAUGAGGAGAUGAUCCGAGUACAGGAUGAUCAAAAGAUUCUGGAAGAGGUCGAAAUGAUAGUGGAUGGGGAUGGGCGACUCGAUCAUCGAGGUCGCAAACGGGAUGUCGAAAAACUGAUGGCCAUAGAUGGCACGGCCGGAUGCCAGACAUGGCGAGCUCAGGACAACCGGCAGGAGGAUGUGAAGGACGAACGAGUACAGACUACAUUAUUCUAUCCCCUUUUGGACGAUUAA